AUGGCGUCCGGAGGCAUUGCCCGCGGCCGCCUCGCCGAGGAGCGCAAGUCGUGGCGCAAGAACCACCCCCAUGUGCGCGGCUUCGUGGCCAAGCCGGAGACCCUGCCGGAUGGGUCCGUCAAUCUCAUGGUCUGGCGGUGCAUCAUCCCCGGCAAGCCAGGGACUGACUGGGAAGGUGGAUAUUACCCGCUCACUAUGCAAUUUGAUGAUAAUUACCCAACCACCGCUCCUAGCUGCAGGUUCCCAGCAGGUUUCUUCCAUAUCAAUGUCUACGAUUCUGGAGCAGUAUGCCUAUCGAUCCUGGGUGGUGCAUGGAAACCUUCAAUUACAGUGAAGCAGGUUUUGGUAGGCAUCCAGGAGUUGCUUGAUGACCCAAAUCCUAACUCAUCCGCACAGCAUCGAUGCUAUGAACUCUAUAAAAAGGACAUGCCAGAGUACAGGAACAAAGUCCGUGAGCAGGCCAAGCGCUACCCUUCACGCAUGUAG